CGCAUGUCAAAAUGUUUGAUCGGCUUGACAAAAUUUCUCGUAAAUAAAUCCGUAAAAAUUUCACAGUUGUUUUACUAAAUCUUACGUGUAGAAUGUAGCCUUAAAUUCACAGAAAAAGGUACUAUAAUGGAUAUUCAUGACUCACCAAAACUCUCAAAUUCAAAAGAAACCAAAAUAGCUUUUGGGCGGAUGACGUCACGAAGUAAGAUGGCUAAAGAUUUAAAACAUACAACGCACGAGGAAAAGAAAGAAGAAAAGACAAAACCAGUAAAAAUACCAGUUUUAUAUCUCAAGAAAAAUAAUGCACAAAGCAGCGGGCAUCUUGAUAUUGCAGGUGAACCAGCGACAAGCAGAAAAGCAAAGACAACAACAAAAAAGCUCGAAUUACCAAAACCAGAUAAGCAACCCAGCAGAAUACCAAGGCGGAACAUAAGUUUCAUAAAUAAGAAACGAGCUAAGGAUACUGACCGCGUUUUCCUCCAGAACCAAAAUGUUCAGAGAGUACAAAUAUUUAAUUCGCCAGGUUUAACAGAUGUGGACGCGCCGGUUUCUGUUACUGCAACGAGGCCAAUUCCAACGUUAGGAAUCAUUUAUGGAAACUCAAUAUUCAGCAGUGACGUUUACAAUGAUUAUUUCUUAGGAUCAAUCGAACAACACCAUGACCAGUUUCGUCCACAAGAAAGUGAAAUUACGAAUAACGCAUCGAGUGUCAGAAAUAGUUCAUCUAAAUCUGAAGAUGUGAGCCAAAUUCAAAAGGAGCAAUCGAAUAACACUGUUAUAUUCAGGAAUUUUUUUAAAACAACAAAUGAAAAUGUUAAGGAAUGGCUUUCGUCUGAACUGGAAAAACCUACAAGAGAUAAUGAAACAGUUUCAGGUUACCAUUCAGUUAACUCUCCAAGGAAUUGUCCUGAUCCUUCACCCCAUUCAAGCUCCAAAGAAUUCAAAGCAGACUUAAUAAGAAAAUAUUCGAUGCUGUUUAAGAAACGUCGCGAACCUAAGAAGUCUGUCUCAACAGCUGAUAUAUCUAAAAAAAGUAGUACUGCAAAUUCAGCCAAAUCAAAGUCUACAAAAUUAACUGACAACCGCGAAGUAAAAACUAAGAAUCUUUUACCUAAGAUGAACACUGAUAUUAAGCCCCUGAAGCCCUCGAACGUUGGUUUUUACGCAACAUUUAAAUUUCCGUCAACACCGAAUCCAACUAAAAGAAGAGAGUAUGGCACCAGUGCAGGCGCAGGUGUGCCUUCCUAUGUUGAGUGUGCGUCCGAGGUUCUACAGAAAACUACCAAUUUCGAAACAGAAGGGCGAGACACGCCCAGCACAUUGAAUGGCAAAGAAAACCUACCGAAUUCAAGCCAGGUGCUGGAUGAUGUUAGCGAGAUAACUGAUCAGUUGGACUGGAGAUUACCAAGUUCGCAAUGCAGUACUAUCUUCAAGACCUCCAAGGAAUCGGAGACCACUGUCAGUACUUGGCACGGUCAGAGAGAUUUAUCAAGUGAUUAUUCCGCUUUUAAAUAUCAAGAUAAUUGUAGCUAUCACGAAUAUUUCUACCAUUAUUGUUGGCGGAAGGAAGUGGUUGGACGCGACAAUGAUCGGCGAAACCUUCGUGACUCGUACGGGAGAUGCAAAAAGUGCCAUAAGUAUAGAAAUUAUCCUGUCAAGAGUAAAAUUUCUAGAAGAUUAGUGAAAUUGAAAAACCGAAUUGCAUUAAGCCGCGUCUGCAAACAUCGCUGGAAUCGAGUGUGGAAGAAAACUACGCAGAGAUUUUCAGAUUGGUCUAAGUCAACUAAGUAUACUAAAUUUCGAAUGUUGCAUUACUUACAACGGUAUCAUUUCGAUAAUGCUGACGUUCAAACGACAUUGCUUGUCUACCAUGAAACAGGUACUGACGCACGGGCAUUGGCUCAGAAAUCAGCAGCAAUCACGACGGAAAAUUUCCAAGUAGCUACACGGAAUGAAUUAGUUGGAUCUAAUACGUCCACUGUUCCCAAGAAUAAUCACGUCAACGUUGGACCUUCUAUAUUUCCAAUGGUUGUUGAGAAACAAAAACCUCAAAUGAUAUCUGAAGCCAUAUCGACACAAAGAUCCAAAUUUUCAAUGGAACCUAAACUUCGGGGAAGUGAACUUAUGAAAAACUCGAAAUACAUUGAAACUGAUGGGACCUGCCUUAAAAGUACAUCUACGAAUUUAGAGUGUACAUUGAUUCGAAAAGUGGAUCAGUGUUCAGAUACAAUGUGUAUGCCGACAAGUACGGUCAGCGCAUUGGUUUUUAAUAACGAAAUCCCGCGUCAAAUUUAUCCGCCGAAUAUGAUGAUCCCAUGUCAUAAUGCAGCCACAGACAUAACAUUUAUGCCGACGUUAGAAGCUCCUCCAAUAAACUCGUCGAAUAUUUGCCAAUGUAAACUGCCAAGAGCAAACAAUUCUUCAAAUACAGUUGGAGAAAUAAAAUGCAGUCCAACGAAAGUGCCUCCGGCUUAUUGCGAUUGCAGCCUUUCAACAAAUACAGAUUUAAAAAACACUUACAGCAAUAUAGGUACAGACAUGAUCAUAAAUACUCUACCAAUUUCUCCUACCGUUACUAUAAAGGCCGAAUCAAUGCUUCCGAGCGGCAACUCCAAAAGAAAUUACUCCGUCCAGUUGAUUUCAAAUAAAGGUACAGACAUGAUCAUAAAUCCACUACCAAUUUCUCCUACCGUUACCAUAAAAGCUGAGUCAAUGGUUCCAAGCGAAAACUCCAACAGAAUUGAUUCCGACCAGUUGAUCUCGAAUAAAGUUUCCAACUUAAUACGAGCAACAUCUACGUCUACUCAUUCCACGUUAAAAAACAAAAGUAAAACUGAAUCAAAUGCGACCAAGGCACCACCAAACUAUACAUCAAAUAUAAAAAUAUCUACGGGCACACUAACCACAGAAUCAAGCUUUCAAGAUACACCAAGUGUUAUUACUGAUACAUUAAUCCCUUGUAAACGACUAGAGAAUAGAGGAUUGGCUAAACUAAGAACUCCUAAAGGCACAGUAUUGUCUUGUGCAGGAACUAAAAUAACAUCAGUGUCUUCAGUCAAUCUUCAGACCUGCUCCGUGUUCUGCAAACCAGCUAGUACUAUAAACACAGCAAUGACCACAAAUUUGGUUUCCACAAGGAAUACACAAUGCUUUACAGCGCCAUCUCUGUUCAGACGAAGACAAAGGGAUACAUCUAUAGGUUUAGACGUGACAUUGGAGGAAAUGAAACACGACGAUUCGACUUCCACUAACGAAAUUAGAGAUUUAAAAUGCGAUAUUGCGCUGUCCACGACAAAGUUGAUUGAUACAGCGUCUUUCAAUUGCGGAGCCCAGCUUUCUCAACGAAGUUUUAAUGAUGAUUUUCGCCCUACAACAUCAACGGUUUUCACCAAUACGGAACUGGAAGUGACGGAACCUAUCGUGUUAAUUAACGCUUCUGUUUUAACAGACCGAAGCAAAUAUACAACUGAAACGUGUGCACAAUACAGUAGUAAAGGCAAGAAUGAUUCCCUAGAGUCCGAACAUAUAGGCCGCAGUCAACUGAUGUCUGUUCGUAUGCUUGGUGACUCUGUAUCCGAUAUGUCUACGCAAGCCCAACCCUUAUUAAUAGAUGCAGAGACCCGUACAAUACCAAAGGGAAUAACUUCGGCCGCUGUUUUUACUUCACGCUUCGAAUUGGAUCGUAAUCCAAGAGAUUCUAAAGAAAACGCUAUAGAUUUAGGAACAGCUGAGGUGAAAACUGAUAUCAAAGCGAAUAAGGAGAUGCCAAUCAAUAGCCAACAAGAGACGUCGCCACCAAAGCAGCCAGUAAUUCCCUCCCAAGCUGAGAAAUCGAACCUGGUACAACCACGCCAUCCAAGCGUAGUUAUAUCCAGUAAUUUAAAUGCUGCCAAGUGGAUGAAAGGGUGCACCAAAGAUGAUUACCAAUCAAUUAUAGAUAUAAGUGAAGUAACUGUAUCAGAGUCUUUAGAGAAAGCCACUUUGGCUGUCGCAACCUCUAAUGCCUUCAACUCCAAUUUGAGUGCGAAGCCGGAACCAGCUGUUAAUUGUAUGAGUACACAGCCUCAUGUUAUAUCGACUAUUAACUUGGCGGAUGUAUUGCCUAAAAAUGAAGAAAAUACACAGCCCACGAAUGACAGGCAAGGAACUAACGAAGACGAACAAAGAGAAUCGGCGCUCCAAGUCCGGCCUAACACCUGCGAUGCAGGUAUAAAUGUAAAACUUCCCCUUCUUAUUGAGCGAAGAUCAGCCACUGUUCACACAUCUCGUCAUAUUCUAAUUACGCCGAAGAAAUGUCACGCAGAAACCGCAGAUUGUCUAUACGUAUACGAUCGCGCCCGCUGCGUUGUUCACAGUCAGCGGACAGACAUGGGUGUUCAAAUUAAGUCCACACAUUCGGGAUUUGGGCAGGAAACGAAAGUAAAACCGUGGCAAGGCAAUCGUACCGUGGGCUUAGUGACGUCAGUUUUAAAACCACAUUGUUGCCACAAACACACCAGCGGUUUGCUUGGCGAAGUUUUGACUCCACAAGUGUACAAAACGUUGUACGAGACGUCGAAAUUAAUUGCCAAAGACCGUUCUUUGUCGAAGGAAAUUGGAAUUGUUGAGAACAAAGCAGAACGUUCUGUACAAGUUUUAAGGGAUGAUUGGAGUUGUGUGAUCUGCCCAUAUUGUGCUAAGAGAUUUACAGCUCACGAAAUUGGGAAUUUAGAUGUAAAUAAUGAAUGGUUGGAAACGGAGCUGGCAACAUGUUGCCGUAACCAUAGCAACUACCUAAUAAAAAAUAUAACUCGUAUAAAGGAUAAUUUUAAGAAACAUCUACCAAUGAGCCGGCCAGAACGGGACUUCGUCGAAGCCUGCACAAUGAAGCCAAGCGGGCGCCAAGACAAGAAUUGUCAAGCAAAAUUUGCCCCAGAAUAUCUUUGCCAAAAUUGUAUUUUACCGCCGACAGCCAGCGCCACGGAUAUACGAGGAGAGGAAAGCCAUGACUUGCGAACUGUUUACUAUUUCCUUGCCGCCAUCGAAGGGAGAGUCCGCAGAUUGAAACAAAAUUUGUGAAAGUUCAAUAGUUUUCCACUAGGUGGCGCUUAACAUAAUAAUUCUAAUAUAUAAAAAAUGUGGCCGUAGUUCAAUCGUUUUCCACUAGGUGGCGCUUAACAAUAUUACUAAUAUAUAAAAAAUUGUAAUCGUAGUUCUGUUUUUCUUACCUAGUUAGCUUGACGCAACAAGUAGAUCACGCUACAAUAUUUUGUACUAUAUACGACCCUUUUUGUCUUACGAAAUAUAAAAAUCCGAAAUA